CCUUCUUUUAACGUCAUACGCUCCGAUAACAGACUUCCAGCUGAUGCAAAUGGCUACUGCCGUAGAAAAUGUUGUUUUUCGCGGACUACACAAAUUCUUACGACAGUCAAACUGUAAAUUGUUUACAAGCACAGAAAGCAGAAGAUGUUUGAAUGGUAAUUCUGAAAAUUCGCAUCAUAUAAAAGAAGCUGGCUUUGGUCUGCUGUUUGAUAUUGAUGGGGUUCUAUGCCGGGGACAUCAAGUUCUGCCGGAGGCCACUAGUGCGUUCAACAAGCUAAGGGACAGACAUGGCAAACUCCGAGUCCCGGUUGUGUUUGUCACCAAUGCUGGAAACUGUCUCCGACAAACCAAGGCUGAACAGCUCUCAGAGAUGCUUAAUUUUAAGGUAACGCCAGAUCAAGUUGUGAUGUCACACAGUCCUUUGAAGAUGUGUCGUCACCUACAUGAUAAGCAUAUACUUGUGUCAGGCCAAGGACCCGUCAAAGAUAUUGCUAAGGGACUCGGUUUUCAUAAGAUAACAACUGUUGAUGAACUUCGUGACAUGUACCCGCAUCUUGAUUCUGUUGACCAUUCAAGGAGGACUAUACUUAAGAAAAUGACGAAUGGAGAGAAACCUAAAAUUGAUCAUCCUCAAAUUGAAGCAGUUGUUUUGUUUGGAGAGCCAAUCAGAUGGGAGACCAGCCUUCAACUUGUGAUUGACACUGUUCUAACCAAUGGCUGCCUUUAUAGCAGACCCACGGAGGUUCCUAAGACACAUUUACCCGUCAUUGCAUGCAAUGUUGAUUUAUUAUGGAUGGCUGAAGCCCAUUUACCAAGAAUUGGACAUGGAUCAUUUUUACUAUGCCUUGAAGCUUUGUACCAGAAAAUAACUGGCCAUAAACUACGGUACACUGUGUUGACUGGCAAACCUAGUGAAAUAACGUACCAUUAUGCAGAGACGGUUCUUAUACAACAAGCACGCAAGAUGGGCAUCCAGUCCCCAAUUAGGACCCUGUAUGCAAUAGGAGAUAACCCUGCUACUGACAUCUAUGGGGCUAAUCUAUACAAUGAAUACUUAGGAUCAAAGUUAUUGCAACAGAUGAGCCAGGCCAAGUCUGUAGCCAUUGGUGGCAAUUCCAGCAACUUCCUAGAUUCCAGCGAGGUUGUCAUUGAAAAUAUGGAGCACAACUGCGCGGAAGUUAUGGAAUCUGUUCUUGUUUGUACCGGUGUUUAUUCCAAAACGACAAGCCUUGAAGUUCUGGAAAAGGAUCCAGUAGAUCACGGCCACCGGGAUUUUCAUUUUGUUCCUAAAUUAGCAACUCCGUCCAUUGAAGUUCCGUGCGUUCAUCUGGCGAUUAAGGAGAUUUUCAAGCGAGAGAACUUUGAUUGAUGAAACUCUGUUGGUUGGUUUAAAAGACGAAAAUAAUGUGUGACAUAGCGUUGGGGUUUGGUUUCAGCAUAAUCGGGGAAAAGUGGCUUUGUUUCAACGUUUUAGUUGAAAUUUAAUUUCCGUGGAGACCAGGAUCUUACAUUCACAUAACCAUGUAGACUCCUCAUCGGUGCAAUGUUAGAAAUUGUGCAACAUGUAUUUAUUAGAUCGUAUUUUCACACGAUACUGAAUUUUCUAUAAAAAAAAGAACCAGGAAUAUAAUUGCCUAAAUUUUGAAGUACAGUAUGUAAAUGUUUUUAUCUUAAUUGUUUUUCUAAAAAUCAUAUCUUGCACAUAAAAUUUAAGCAAUCGUUCUUAUACAGAUAGAGAGGAAAAUACUUUAUAAUCUUACUAUUUCCCAUCAGUGGUGUAUCAGGGAUUCUUAAAAUGGGGGCUGAUAGGGGGAAAGGUGAGCUGGGGAGGGGGCUCAACGAUUAAGCAAGAAGAGCAUGUUUUCUUGCAAAAUAAGGUGACAUAUGAGUGUAAUUUUUUAAAAAUUUUUAGUGGGGUGGAGGCAGCUGGGGGGGGGGGCAUAAGUUUUUUUUGGGAUGGGCGUGCACACCUUCUAGAUACGCCACUGUUUCUUAUAUUCCAAGGUAUGCUGUAGAAUGGAAUACAAUAAUUAGUUUUGAGAAAAUAUUUUUCUUGCCAAUAAACUGAUGCAUAGAUAACGCUAUUCUUAUAAAGUACCACAUCACGACAUCACUCAAUCAUGUGGCAACUCUUUGUUACUAAGCAACUACCUAAGUAGCUACAAUUUUUUUUAGCUUUUUUAACUGAAUUAUCAAAACUUAAUUUCU